AUGCCCGCUGUGGCCGCGGCAAACAAUGGCGCAUCCACCUUUCUGUCCGCCAACCAUCCGCUCAACCUGCGCAAGCAGGCGCAGCCCAAACUCGACUCGAGCUUCAGCGUAAAGACGUACAUCGGUGCGGCGAAUGCGCUCCUCGACAAGGCGCGUGCCUCGGACGCACAGGGGCAGAUCGAAGUGGCCUUUGUCAACUACCUCAAGGCGGCGAAUGUGGCCGCGUUCAUCUCCAAGCACGACGACUGGCCCAAGAUCCAGAAGGCGCGCGGAUCGGUGUACCAGGCGUACAACGAGCUGAUGAAGCAGGCGCCGGCGUUUAUCGAGCGCACAAAGAGGCUCGAGUCGCAGCUCGCCGUGCGCGAGGAGACGAAUGCCCAGCAGCUCGCACAGGCCGCAGAGGAGCAGGCGCAGAACGCCGCGAGACAGAGACAGGCCCAGCCGCCGGGCGAUUCGGCGCUGCGCCAUCCACCCACCAGACCCGCACAAGCAUCGGACGAGGAAGACGACCAUGCAAUCCACGCGACAGACACCUCGCCUAUCGAUCAGCAUGCCGAGGGAAGACGCACGGGUAGCUCGCUCGCAGACCGUCUCCAGGCCCUGCGCAAUAGCGCCUCCACCGAUCCCGCAGAGCUGCGCGACCGAUCCCAGUCCAACGCAUCAUCCUCCGACACCGACUCGGCCUUUGCCACGCACAGCUUGCACCACGCGCUCGACGAGGCGAGCAACGCCUUCCCCGCCGUCCCCACCGCCUCGGAAUUCAACGCCCACUAUCCGUCCAUCGACCAGCUCGAAAACGACAAUGCCGCCGGCGGCUUCCCAGCGCCACCCUCGCAUCCGGUCGGCAAGUCCAAACGCCCGCUUCCCGCUCCUCCCUCCACCAGCUCCAACGACCUCGCUCGCGAGUUCGCCCUCGCCCGCGACGUGCCCGAACCUUUUGACCGCGCCAGCCCGGCACCAACACCGCCGCAGCCGCCAAGCAGACAGUCUCGCGCUAUCGACGGCCUCCCGCCGCACGACCCGCACCGCAUAAGUCUGCACCAGCCUCCGUCCUCACCUGCACCCGCACCAGCACCAGCAUCAGCACCAGCAUCAGCAUCAACCGCAGAGCCGCGCUCGCUCAUCGUCGGCGCCAAGCCGCCACUGCCCAUGAAGAAUCACAUCAGCGUCGAGGAGCUGUUCGGCUUCCUCCAUCCGGGCUUCCAGGAGUUCACCGACGCACAGGGCAAUCGCAAGAUCGGCAAAAAGGUCGGCCUGGAUGUGCUGCUGCUCGACGUGCGCAGUCGCGCCGAAUUCGACGCCGGCCGCAUCCUCGGCGGCAAGCUCGUCUGCAUCGAACCCAUCACGCUGCGCGACGGCAUGAGCGCCGCCGACAUCGAGGACAAGCUCGUGCUUUCGCCCCAGGAGGAACAGGCGGCGUUUGCGGCGCGAAAUACGUUCGACCUCGUGGUGCUGUACGACCGCAACCUGCGCGCGCUGCGCGGUGCACACUCGCCCGACAAGAUCCCGCAGGAUCCCGCCGCACAGGCGAGGAUGGAUACGCUGGUGCGCGCGAUCUAUGAAAACGAGUUUGCAAAGACGCUCAAGCACCAGCCUGUGCUGCUCGUGGGCGGGUUCGAGAGGUGGGCGCAAAAGGCGGGCGACAAGCUGGUGCUUCGCAGUGCCGGGGCGAAUGGGAACAGAAGCAGUGUCUCGUUCGAGCCGGGUACGCGAUUCCCCACCGCGGAUGAUGCCGGUUCGAGGGGGUGGACGGCAGAACAGGUUGCGCAGCAGCAGGAGCUGAAGCGCGCGAGGAGACAGCAGCAGGUGGUGCCCGACCCAGCGCGCGGUAUGCAGCCCGGAGGCGUGUACCCGAGCCGCAGCAGCAAUGGCGGCUCGCCGUUUUCGAUGGAGGGUGGGUUUGGUGGGCCGUCGUUGCCCGCACGCGCGUACAAGGCGCCCGGGGGGAUUGCGUCGGGCGCACCGUCGUUCCCGCCCCCCGCGGCGCACCGCCCGCUGUCGCGCUCCAACUCGGCCACCGCGUUCGACUAUCCGCAGCUCAAGCCCAGCGUCUCGGGGGGCAUGUCGGCGUACGGCGGGAUGGCGCCGCAACCGCCACCCAUGGCCGCAUCGUCCUCCUCGCCAUCCGGCGCAGCAGCCAGCACACGCGACCGCCCCACGUCGGUACCCACUGCGCUCAUCCCCGGCACAGGAUCGGCGGGUGGUAACGAUCCGUCCAAGAAGCAGGUCAUGGCACCUGGGUAUGCCGGGCACCUCACCACUGCAUCGCGCGUCUAUGCCAGCCCCACCAACGGCCGCAGCGCCGACGAGAUCAAGAUCGGCCUGACGGGACUCAAGAACCUCGGCAACUCGUGCUACAUGAACUCGACCCUUCAGUGUCUUUCCGCCACGAUCCCACUCGCGCGAUUCCUGCUAGACGGAUCGUAUAAGCAGGCGAUCAAUCGGACGAACCCUUUGGGCACGCAAGGACAACUGGCUACGGCGUUGGCCGGGUUGGUGCAUGUGAUGUGGGGCGAAAAGUACGCGUUUGUCUCGCCAGUAACAUUCCGCGAGGCCAUGGCGAGGUUCGCGCCCAGUUUUCGCGGGUACGAUCAGCACGACUCGCAGGAGUUCCUCGCGAUUCUGCUGGACGGCCUGCACGAAGAUUUGAACUAUGUGGUGACAAGGCCUGCGGCGGUGGAGAUGACGCCGGAGAGGGAGGCGGAGUUGGAGACGCUGCCGCAGCAGGUGGCGAGUGUCAAGGAGUGGGCGAUCUACCGCAUGCGCAACGACAGUCUGGUGGUCGACUGGUUCCAGGGCCAGUUUCGCAACAAGCUCACGUGCCUGACGUGCGGCAAGACGAGUACGACCUACGAGGCGUACACCUACCUCUCCUUGCCAGUGCCGCACGGGAGGGGAGUGGGCAAGGUCUCGCUCGAGCAGUGUCUGGAUGCGUUUGUUAGGGAAGAGGUGUUGGAUAAGGCGGAUAUGUGGAACUGCCCGCGCUGCAAGAAGCCGCGCAAAGCGACCAAGCGACUUUCGAUCAGUCGGCUUCCGCAGAUCCUGUUGAUUCAUCUCAAGAGGUUCUCGUUCAAAGGCCCCUUUACGGACAAGAUCGAUACCACGGUCACAUUCCCUACGACCACACCGAUGGAUCUGACGAACUAUAUGCCUGCGCCUUUACCCCCCGGCGCUGCGGGUGGGCAAGUGGAGAGCGGCAGUCAACGCCCCCCGUACCGGUACGAUCUCUAUGCGGUGACGCACCACUUUGGAAGUUUGAAUACGGGGCAUUACACGGCGACGGUCAAGAGCAGUGGCGAGUGGUGGUACUGCGACGACUCGCGCAUCGCCAGGGGCGAUGAUAGGCAGUUGCAUACCAAUUCGCCGUAUGUGUUGUGGUUCAGGAGGAAGCAGUCCGAGCCCACCCAGGCUUUGAUGGGCACAGGCAUCGAUGCGCGCAGUGCGACGCUCACGCUCUCGGCACAACGGGGCGUCGCCAGUAACGAUGUUGCCAUGUCACGAGUGGCCGGCGGCUGGAACAACAUCAAGUCCAAGUCCAAGUCAAUAGAACGGUACCGGGAUUAA